AUGCCAAUAAACGAAAAUGACUUGGAAUUAUUUUUGGAAUCAACAAGCAUUUUAAAUUCCUCUAGUCAAAAUUCAAUAGACAAAACUACUUCUAACGCAGAACUAAGUAAUAUAGAACACAGUACUUUAUUAAUUCCACGACCACCCCUAUUAAAAACUGGUACAACUUUAUCGGAACUCAAAAUACAAGAGGGAAAUGACUAUUGUAAUCAUGAUUCCAUUAAUGAAACUGAAGAGGGGGGGAAGACCGACAGUAUAAAACAGCAAGAAAAAAAUGAUGAUGCUUUUGAAAAAGUGCAUAGUAACAACAAUAAUCGUAGUUGCAACAAAAACAAUAGUUAUUUUAAUCCAAUGCUUCAGUCACCAACUAGGAUGCCUCAAAGAUACAACAAUUAUGAUGAAUAUAUGGAAAACAAAAUUUUCCAACAAAAUAAAAAUGAUCAGAAAUUAAUAGCCGAAUAUGAAAAACAGUUUAACAAGACAUACCCACAAAUUUUCAAAAACACAAACAUUUACAUCAAUGGUUAUACCAAUCCUACCAGACUACAAUUGCAUAAACUGAUUGUUUUACAUGGGGGCAAGUUUAGUCAUUACUUAGCGUCUAAAAGAAAUGUUACCCAUAUCAUUGCCACCAAUUUGACCAGCAAAAAGAAAAUCGAAUUUAGAAAAUAUAGAGUGGUUCAGCCAGAGUGGAUUAUGCAAAGUAUUGAAGCAAACAAAUUGCUCAAAUGGCAGGAUUAUGCACUUUUAUUGAAUGACACAAACAUCAAUAACACCACAGACAUAAAAACUCUAGUGACCAAGGACAGCACAAAAAAACCUCAUCUUGAUUGCAAUCAUCCUGAUUUUUUGGCAUCUUUUUUCAAAAACUCAAGACUUCAUCACUUGACCACUUGGAAACUAGAAUUACAAAAUAAACAUAUGAAGUUCAACCCAGUAGGUGCCCAUCAUAAUAGGAUAAAAAAAAUCAUUUACUAUAUAGAUUUUGAUUGUUUUUUUGCUACGGUAUCCGGCCUAAAACACAACGAAAAUAGCAGUCUUCCUAUUGCUGUUUCGCAUGGACAAGGUAACUCAGAUAUUGCAAGUUGUAAUUAUGCUGCAAGGAGCUUUGGUAUUAAAAAUGGUAUGUGGGUGUCCCGUGCAAAGCAAUUAUGCUCUACUCUAAAGAUAUUGCCAUAUGAGUUUGAUAGCUACAGAAAAAUUUCAGAAACGUUUUAUGAGCUGUUGUACGAUAAAUUUGAUACAGUCAUUCCAUUAUCUGUGGAUGAAGGUGUUUUCAUUGAUUAUCCGGAAGAUAUUGAUUAUAAAGGAAUUUCAGAAAAAUGCAUGGACAUACGGAAUUUGCUAUCUACAAAAACAAAGUGCACUGUGAGUAUAGGUGUAUCAAAUACUUUAGUUUUAUCCACCUUAUGCUUAAAAUCUGCAAAACCGAAUGGAUUCAAAAUAUUUUUACCACAUAAUACAGAAAAAGAAGCUGUAGCUAAAUUUGUUGGUAGCUUCCAGUUAACAGAUCUUCCAAAUAUUGGACACAAAACAGCCGACAAGAUAAACGAGUUGUAUAGUCCAAGUUCUAUAAUUACUUUAGCUGACUUACAAGCAAAUCUAUCGUCAUUAUCUUCCUUUAAUAAGCUGAAUAAACUCGGCGGCAAACUGUCGAGAAAAAUAAUACUAUAUUUAAAAGGUGAAGAUGACAUAGAUAAUAUAUCCAAAAUAAAUACUCCGUUCAACUAUUUCCGGAAAAAAUCAUUAUCCGUAGAUAUCAAUUGGGGGAUACGAUUCCAAACAAUUGAGCAAGUUUAUAACUUUAUUGACAGAGUCGUUGCUCGCUUGGCAUCCCAAUUGAAGAGUAUAAAUAUGGCUAGUUCACAAUAUACCAUCAAGUUGGCAAGGCGUAAGGCGAAUAGUCCAAUAGAACCACCCAAAUAUUUGGGUAUGGGCUUAUGUGACAUCACAUCAAAAACCGGAAGAUUUCCCGCUCAUACCAAUGAAAACUAUAUUAUGUCUCCUGAAAUCAAACAAUCUUUCAGGAAACUUUAUAUUCAAGCACCAAUUAGCUCCUUACGCGGGAUAUCUAUUACAUUAUCCAACUUGAAAACAAAUAAUGAUCGAGAUAUUGGUAGUAUGCUAGAUAGGAAAACCAACAACACUUUGGAUAAUUUCCCAAGAUUGCACCCUCCUUUACCGCACGAUGUGCCAUUAACUAUGAGCAAUACUGAAAAUGCGGACCAAAUGGUCACCGUCACACCACUGCUACCAUCAAACGAUAAUAAUAAUAAUAAUAAUAAUAAUAAUAAUAAUAGAAGAUCAAUUGAAAAAAGAAAAUCCAGAUCGCCAGCACGUGAAUUUUUUAACAAUUAUCAUAAAAAGAAAAACCAAGAGCGCGCGAAACAUCAUUUUUCUACGGAGAUAGACGAAAACGCAUUGAAAGAGCUACCGCUAGAAAUGCAAAAAGAGAUACAAAGAGAAUACGCAGUAAUCAACUUGGUGAAUUCAACAAAGCGAAGUGCUUUGGAAGCCCCAAAAAUCAUUCCAAAAAAGAAGUUAGAGUCUAUUUGUUGUUUCAAUCCACCAAUUCCCUUUCAAAAAUUGCUAAAUCCUAAAGAGAUCACGGCUAGGUUAGACACCUGGAUCUUACAAAAUAUCGAAAGGGGCCCCAGAACUGAUGACGCGCUACUAUUAGUUCAAUAUUUGAGGCGGUUGGUUAAGUUCAAUAAAAAAUCGAUGCUAUUGUAUAUCGUAGACCAUCUAGAAGAGCAGAUAGACUACUACAGAUCCUAUUAUAGAUCGGCAUCAGAUGAUCCACAAACCAGCAGCAACCACCACCAGAUGCCCGAUGGAAUACUCCAGUGGGAGAAAUUGCUAGUCCUGAAGAUACUGCCGCUAAGGGAAAGCAAAAACCGGGCAUAA